AUGGGUCGCUCUUGCAACAGUAUUCGAAAAGAUUUGGCAGAUUGUUUAUUACAUUCAGAUUGUAUGUUCAUUCAUGGCAAAUCUGCUAGAGAAUGUAUGAGAAACAAAGAGCAGCUCCCGGUGGAAUGUAGGAAUUUGAUGACUUCGUUUGGAGAAUGUAAACGACAAAUGCUCGAUAUGACCAAACGAUACAGAAUUGCUCCAGAACAAGAUGAAUCGUCAAAACCCUCUCCGGAGGCUAAAUAA